CUCUGUCUCAUUUUAUGUACACGUCGACUGUCGAAGGUCUCCGCUGCUAAGGUACAUCUAAUGAUAGCUGAGUCGUCAUUCACGCCAGUCGACUGAGGUCUCCGCUACGUAGCGGGCUCAACACACCGGUACCGUAACUCUCAUACACCACUCAGCAGGCAUGGGCAAUGACAGGCACACUCUACCGCUGGAUAUCAUUCGCUAUAUACUACUCGACGCGAUCGAUGGAGAUCGCGCAACAGCAGCAAUACUGUCGAGAAUGUGCAAGACAGUGAACUUGUGGAUCGUCCCCGUCCUAUACUCCACGGUAAUUGUGACCAUAUCGGACCUGAAAUCAUUCGAGAGGACAUUGCUCGCUUCGAAAGACCGCGCGGAACCCGUAGGGAAGCAUAACGCUACUCAUCUCCUUAAACGCCCCCUGGGUGCCUACGUUCGCCACCUCUGGAUAGGGAGCAAGGGGACGCAUCACACGAGCAGACCUCCUUGGCGAACGAUCGAUCCUGUUGAGCAUGCCGAAGAAGCAUCGAGUAUGGUAUUGAAGGCCACCAUUACCAUCGUGUCCCUGUGUCCCAACUUACGUGCGCUUGCAAUCGCCCAUUACCCCAGCUCAAUCAUGCGGCAGCUCGUUCCUUGCAUUGCCGAAACGCUCGAGUCGCUCUCUUUCUGCCCCGGCACCGGUCACCUGACGUCGCUGGACCUGGCGGACAUGUCUCACUGUCAUUCCCUGCGCGACGUCACUUUCCUGCAGACGGAGCUUACAGAUGGAACGCUGUCCCGCCUCCUGCGGAUGCCCAGCGUUCAGCACAUUACCUGCAUUUACAACAAUGUUCCCCACACUAUUGGCCUCCUCCCGGCCCUACGCCCGGUCCAGCGAGACCGCUUGAAGCGCUCCUUUCAGGCAGCCAUGGCUCAGCUCCAUUUGGUCGGCGAAUGCGCGUCCCCUGCUUUCAGGCGCAUGAAGGUCAUUUAUCUGUCCUGUGACAACUCGACCGUGAGAGAGAUCAAUGAGCUGCAGCGCUUUAUGGGGGUGCAUGGACCUCCAGGACCCAGGGACAAACGCAUCGUAUUAUCGGCGAUAGAUGGGCGUAACAACCUUGACCGGUUUGUCUCGUUCAAAGGCUAUGGGGGUCCAUAUACCAUCAACUACGUGAAUGACACCAAAUAUUGGCUCGACGAAUGGAUUGCAAGCCUUGACCCCGCUUGGCCCGGACGCGGCUGUGUGCCACACACCGUGACGCAGUAACAUGUAAGUUGUCUACUUGUUGUCACGUCAUACGCCGUGGCCUCUGAAGCAAAUCGCCUUAGCCAUAUCAAGACUCAUUGACAUC